CCUCCAUAUCACCCAAUAAGUUGGUUUCCGAGGCCUACGAUUCCACCACAACUGCGACAGUUAUCCCCCUUUCUACCUUUAGACGGAUAGUUUUCUGCGCUGUCACUUCCGCCACUGUUGCUCUUUCAUAACUGGUGGCCUCUUUCUGAAACAUAUCUCCAUCUACCACCAGAAGUCUAAAAUGCUCCUCCGACUCCGCGGGCCGGAUGGCAUGUUCCGGUUGACCGUGGAAAAGGACGACACAUUUGGAGAUCUUGCCCGUGUGCUCUUUCCCAAGCUUCCCCCGACUACCGACAUCAACACCAUCACGUUGUCAAACGCACCGUCAGGUGGAGACUCGAAGCGCCUUCAGGAUAUAAGAAAAUUCAAGCUCAGUCAGAUCGGCCUCAGGCAUGCGAGCCGCCAAUCUCUAAGGUUUAAACAUGUGCAGAUGCUGACAGCUACUAAUAGCCAUGGCGACUUGAUUUUUAUCGCCUACAAGCAUCAAGACAGCACCUCGAACGGCCUCGCUAACGGCGAUGUUUCAGAGUCGCAGUCCGUCUCAUCGACCAACCGACUGAAUGGCAAACCUGUCCUUCCGACCGAAGACCGCCCGAUAGACCCGCCGUCUAUUUCGCAACAACCAGAGAAGAUCAAGAAGCCCUGGGAAGUUGUGAGGCAGGCUCCCCUCGACGAUCGGCUAGAUAAACGCGAUGGCAAAAUUCCCAGGAAAAUGGACCCAAAGAUGUGUCGGCAUGGACCCAAAGGCAUGUGCGAUUAUUGCAUGCCUUUAGACCCGUUCAACGCCAAAUACCUCGAGGAAAAGAAGAUCAAGUACAUGUCGGUCCACUCGUACAUGAGGAAGAUUAACUCUGCCACCAACAAACCUGAGCUUGGCAGCUCGUUCAUCCCUCCACUCGUUGAGCCGUACUACCGGGUCAAGCGAGACUGUCCAGCGGGGCAUCCACAAUGGCCCGAAGGGAUCUGCACAAAGUGCCAGCCAAGCGCAAUCACACUACAGCCGCAGCCGUUUCGGAUGGUUGACCAUGUCGAGUUUGCGUCGCCUGCUAUUGUCGACACGUUUAUUGACGCUUGGCGACGGACUGGGGGCCAGCGUCUUGGAUAUCUCUACGGACGGUACACGGAGUAUGACGUUGUUCCCUUGGGCGUCAAGGCCGUGGUGGAGGCGAUCUACGAACCUCCCCAGGUAGACGAGGUUGACGGCAUCUCCUUGAACGCGUGGGAGAAUGAGGCCGAGAUCAACAAAGUUGCCAAGCUGUGCGACAUGGAGCAAAUAGGCGUCAUUUGGACUGACCUCCUCGACUCUGGUAGCGGCGAUGGCUCCGUCAUUUGCAAGCGUCACGCCGACUCAUACUUCUUGGCAUCUCAAGAGGUCCAUUUCUCAGCCCGGCUGCAGGCUCAGCAUCCCAAGGCCACAAAAUGGAGCGACACAGGCAGAUUUGGAUCGAGCUUUGUCACCUGCAUCAUCUCUGGCAACGAGACGGGCGAGAUCUCCAUCUCCGCUUACCAAAUGUCGAAUGACGCGGUGGAAAUGGUGCGUGCCGACAUUGUCGAGCCGUCUACAGCACCCGAAGUGAUGUUGGUCCGUGACGAGGAGGAAGACGACGGGUCGGCCAGUAGGACCCGCUAUAUCCCCGAGGUGUUCUAUCGGCGGAUUAAUGAGUACGGGGCCAACGUGCAGGAGAACGCUAAGCCAGCAUUCCCCGUCGAGUACCUGUUUGUUACCCUCACACAUGGCUUCCCGGAGGUGCCCAAACCUGCCUUCAAAGACCUUGGAUUCCCGAUUGAGAACCGCGAAUAUAUGGGCGAAUCGCAGGAACAUUCGGCAGCUGCCAAGGCGCUUCAGGUUCACCAAAAGGCGGAUUCCAAGCUUGACGUCGCCAACUUCCAUCUGCUCUGCUUCCUUCACCAGAUGGGGAGUCUCAACUGCCAGGACGAGGAAGCACUCCUCUGCCGGGUGGCGACUCAACAUGACUUGGCAGAGUCCUUCCAGCUCCGCUCCACGACCGGAUGGCAGACCCUACAAGCCAUCCUUCAAUCAACCGGUGAGAGAAUCCCCAAGCGACCGUGGGCGGCUGGCGAAACCGACAUUGCCGACGAUGUCUCGGCCGCUCAUGGCGUCCCCUCCCACCGCGGCGACACCGAUGAACGUCUUGCUAAACGCAUUGCUGCUAUCAGGCUA